AUGCCGACCUCGCAAUACCUUCAAGACCUCAAUAGGGAUGGCUUUGUUUUGAUAAAGUCCAUUGUGAAUAAAGACAAGCUCGAUGCGUUACGCGAGGCUAGCUCAAAGGCUACUCAGCUGGCUCGCGAUGGGCAAUGGCCGUAUAUUCGUACAGUAGGUAAGCAGUUCCCUCCAUGGGACGCGAGCCAAGCGCGCGAGCAUGGAAUAUGGGGUGUACAGCACCUCAUGAAUCCUGGGCUUCCAGGUCAUGAGCUCUUCACCAAGCUAUAUUUCUCUGAGGCUAUUCUUGGCAUCGUAAAGCAACUGCUUCAGUGUCAAGAUGAAGAUCUUGUUAUGGAACUGUUUAACAUGCUUGUCAGGCCAGAGAAGGACUUUGAGUUGAGGUGGCAUCGCGAUGAUAUUCCGGCUGAGGCUAGUGAAGAGGAAGAGAUGGAGCGCCUUGGCAAGCAUGCCUACCAUGCUCAGUAUAACUUCGCCUUGUGGGAAGAUGCUUCUCUUAUUGUUGUGCCUGGUUCGCACAGGCGCGCAAGGACUUUGGUCGAGCGAAAUGCCGACCCUUUUGCAAAAUCCUUACCAGAUCAGCUUAUCGUUGAACUGCAGCCUGGGGACAUUGUCUUUUAUAAUAACAACAUUCUUCACCGCGGAGCCUACAGCAGCAGAAAGGAACGAAUGACGCUGCACGGCUCCGUUGGUCAUAUACAAGGCAGCACUCUACGAGCGAGGAACGUUUUGCAGCACGGGGUUGGUGACUGGGUCGACAAGUGUGUCCUCGAAUCACUCCCGGAGGAUGAUAGACGAAGGGCCGACGGGAUGAGACAGCGUCUAAUCCACCUUGGCAGCGAGAGCGGUCAGGUUGGUUACUCACACCAAGGCUGA